AUGGAUGAACAUCAGUGUACCGAUGGCUCGUCAGUGAGCACGUGUCGUGAUAUGCAAGCACGAAAGGAAAUAGAAAAAUUGUACGAAAUAAUUGAUGAUCUAGAUGAGAGACUUGAACGUAUGAAACGAUACCAACAACGUCGCCAUCAUCAGCUUACUUCAAAAUUUCUAUUGCUUGAUGAUGAAAACAAUAGUGAAAACAAUUUUGAUAAAAAACGUGACAAUAGUAUUGAAGAUAUCGAAGAUGAUCAGAGCGCAUCAGAAAUAAUCGACAAUAAUUCUAUUUAUCAAGAAGAUGAAGAUCAAGAACCAGGAGAAAUAAAUGAUAAACAGCAAGAACCUCAAAAACAACAAUUAAAUGCAAUGGAUGACUUUUUAUUUGAUCAGUUAAAUAUUAUAAAGAAACUAGAUACACCGAAUGAGAAAAAAAUGAUCCAUGAUACGGAUUUAACAAUACCGGCAAUGGUGUACGCUUACAUUGAACAUAAAUCGAAAAAAAUAGGCUAUUUGAAAUAUUGUUCAGAAAAUACAGACAUACUACGUUAUAUAGCAGACGAAUCACAGUCAACAUUUAAUACAAUGAUAGACCGUGAUAAAAUUCGAUCAUUCGUUCGAGAAUAUGUUGCAAAUAAACCAACAACAGUUAUCUAUCGUCGUGUUCAAGAAGAAAUUCGUGAAAUUCAUCGUCGAUAUUUACGUUCACUGGGUAGUGAUAAUCAAUUAUGA